AUGAAGUUACUACUGGCUGGUUUGGUGUUUGGGUUGCUCCAGGGAGUGUUUGGACAAGACAAGAAUCCUUGCGAAGGAAUCCUCACCGGAAUCGUGGUGCAUCCGGAUGUUUGCUACAAGUACAUCAUCUGCUUUAAGGAACAGCCGGAGGUUGUGACGUGUCCGGAAGGAACCAUCUUCUCGUUGGACGAAAUUGCUUGCGUUCCUGGCAAUCAAGACACCUGCGUUGAAGGAUUUCCGGAGGAACCGGAAGAGGACAAUCCCUGCAGGGGAAUCGUUCUAGGACAGUUUCCCCACCCGGAAAGCUGCACCCAGUUCUUCCGCUGCGUUCUGGGUCGACUUCAGGAGCGAACCUGUCCCAGAGGAUUCAUCUUCUCGCAGCGAACCUGGACGUGCUUCCCCGGAAAUGGCGAAACCUGCGAGGACUUUACACUCCCGAGCACGCCACCUCCCGCGGAUCUCAGCCCGAUCCCGCUGGAGUACUGCCUAGCCCGGGAGCGUCCCUUCGGCCGGUUGCCGCAUCCCCAAUCUUGCACCCACUUUGUCCAGUGCUUCUUCUGGGUUCCGGAGCAACGCGAGUGUCCCAGCUGGACCGUGUUCCACGAGGGCACCUCGAUCUGCCUGCCGGGCAACCCGAACACGUGCCAAACCGUCGUCGGACCAGGGGCUAGCCCGCCGGCCGCAACUCCGCCCAUCACGGACGACAUCUGUCCGGAUCAGUGGAUUGGCCUGGUGGCCCAUCCGUACUCGUGCUACCGGUUCGUCACCUGUCUGCGAGGAUCUGCCACUGAGCAGCAGUGUCCACCGUACCACGUGUUCUCCAGUAAGGUCAAGUUGUGCCUGCCCGGGAAUCGGACCACCUGCCAGGUGUACGGCGAGCAGGAUUAG